AUGAAGUCCAACCUCUCGGAAUGCCCACUGCUUCAAGAUAUCCCGCAAUUGCACAAUACAGACAAUAUAGCAUCAAACCAUGACAGUAUGAACCUACUUCCAUCUGUUUACAGAAAAUCUCCUAGAAUGGCAUCGAAUUCACCGUAUUUAGAAGAAAAUGUGAACAAGGACGUAAUGCAUACUAAUAUAGAUCCUUCGCGAUAUCGUGGCCUUCGUGAUUUAGAUUUUAAUUCUUGGGAUGAUGAAGCAGCGGCAAAAUUACGCUUUUCACUGCAUCCUUCUGGAGACCUGUUUGAUUAUUUGUCUUUGUGUAGACAUUCAUUUGGUCUUCGCCCUCUAACCCGUUCAGUCAACACUAGACCUAUAAAACGAACGUUUGGGCGGUACAGUUUAUCAUUUAUUCGCUAUACUGGCAGUUGUUUCUCACUUCAAAGCUUCAGCACUGAUCCAGGUAGUAUUCCCAUUGGUGCAGCAAACCAAGCACUUGCAAAAUAUUUACAACAGUAUUCUUCCUACUUACCAACUACGCCUGUACGUUGUACAAAGUGUCUUUCUAUUAAACCUAUGCGUGCACAUCAUUGUCGCAUUUGCCAAAGAUGUAUUCGUAAAAUGGAUCAUCAUUGUCCCUGGGUGAAUAAUUGUGUCGGUGAAGGAAAUCAAAAGUAUUUCAUUUUAUUUGCUUUUUACAUAUGCCUCAUGUCCUUUAGUGCCAUCGCUAUGUGUAUUUAUUUCAUUUUUCAAUGUUUGAGCUCCGAUUGGGAAAUUUGUCAGUCAAAUCAAAGUCUUUCGCUGCUAGGUAACUUCAGUCCGUUGGCAUGUAGUGCAUUCGCAUUGGGACUUAUAUGUGAAUCCUUAAUGUUUGGCAUUUUCACACUAGUUAUGUGUAUCACUCAAUUAUGUGCUAUUUCAAAUGAUGAAACGCAGGGAGAAACACAAAUCAGAAAUCACUUCGUGAAAAAUAUGACUCGACUAGUCGACCUGCCAACUGAACAACUACUACUUAUCAAAGUUACAACUACUGGAGUUCCGAUAAGAUGGUCAGGUCAGUUACCAACUAAAGUGACACAAUCUUAUUGUAGUGGCAUUGAAAGUUUCAAGAAGGAACAAACGUCAUGGGAAAAACAUUCACGUAGACGUAAUUUCAUAAAAACGUUUGGUCCACCAUUUUCAUGGAAAUGGCUUAGCCCGUUUUCACCGCCUCCACCUCUAGCAGCAGUAAUACCAGGGCUUCCAGACAAUUUUGAUUUGACAAUAAUGUUAUAUUUAGCCGAGAAAAAUGCAACUCGCCAAGAUUCAAUUGACUUUCAGACGGAUUUUAAUCAAGUUGGAUAUAUUGUUUGA